UACACCUACGCUCAAAAUCUGAACGCGUGUGACUUGCUCUCUUCCUUCGUAUACAACACGACCGUCCAUCGUUUCGGACCGUAAAAGAGUGAAACUUUUAAUGAUGACGAUCUGAAAAAUUCUUUUCCUCUUAUAUAUUGAAUUCUCCGACACCAGAUUACUUCCCUGUUCUGUCUGUUUUUAAUAUUUCUGAUGCACUAGUUUCAACCGCGAUUACGUUACCGACUUCUCCACAUUCUCUUUUCUUUAUUUAACAUCCAUCAAAUGCUUCGAGGUGUAUACAAUUGGAUUUGAAAGAAAAAAAAAUUCGAUUCUCGAAUUCGUAUGAACUAAGAGUCGAAGAUUAUCAUCGGAUUGAUUUUUCAAAUUCGGAGUUGGUGGAUCCAUUUGAUUACGAUUUGAUCCGAAUCGGGUUUGAUUUGAUUCGAUUCGGCUUGAGAGCUCGUGGUCGGUUUCUGAGAUGGUAUAUCUCCAGAGCUCAAUCUCCGUCGUCGAAAUGGCCAACUCAGCAGAUCACCACCACCACAAGCCAAGAACCAACCGUAAAUCAUCAUCAUCAUCAUCAUCGUUAUCAAUCUGCUGCGACGGCGGAUCUCCGUCGGCAGCGAUCGACGUUCUGAUCCUGAUCGCAGUCGUCACGUCCUCGGGGUUCUUGAUCUUUCCUUACAUCAGAUUCAUCGCCGUCAAGUCCGUGGAGAUCUUCUCCGACGUGUCUUGCCUGGUCAAGGAAGAGAUUCUCCGCAACCCUGACCCGAUCGUCUACGGGCUGAUCGCGCUGAGCGUCUCGUGCACGGCCUUGUCUGCUUGGAUGAUCGUUAUACUCGUGUCUGGUCGGAAUAAAUGCGGGAAGCCUGAUUGCAGAGGGCUCGGGAAGGCUAACGCGGAGUUUGAUAUUCAGCUCGAGACGGAGGAUUGUGUCAAGGGUGGUGGUGGUGGAUCGUCGUCGUCGGGCGCGGGUGUUGUUAGCAAGAAGGGAUUAUUUGAGUUGCCUCGUGAUCACCACCGGGAGUUGGAGGCGGAGCUGAAGAAGAUGGCUCCGGUUAAUGGUAGGGCGGUGCUGGUUUUUAGGGCGAAAUGUGGGUGUUCGGUUGGGAGGUUGGAGGUUCCUGGUCCUAAGAAGCAGCGAAGGAAGAUCAAGAAAUGAAGAAAUUAAAUAAAAAAAAGGUUAUAUUGUCUUUUUGAGAUAAAAGAUGGUCUGAUGAUGACGAUGAUGAUUAUACUUUGAUUAGCUUAUAAACAUGUUUUUUGUUUCUUUUUCUUUUGGGGUUUAGUGAUUUUCACAAGAACUUCUUACUCUCCAUGUGUUUAAAUAAAAGACUUUUACAAUGAGGA